AUGCCCACAAGGGCUGGUGAGGACGCUUUCUAUGAGAGCAUGCAGCUGAUCGAGUGGCCCACACAGAGCAAGUUGCGUGAGGUUCCCUUAGAGUUUCGGAUGGGGUACAUCGAGGGCGAGUGGCCACGUGGCAUCCUUGCCGGGAGCACACAGACUUUCUUUACCUGCCACGAGAUUGAUGAGUACACUGAAACCGUCUUCGUUUUCGCGACCCCGGAGAUAUAA